GGACAAAUCACAGGUUACACAAACACAACCUUCCUUUUACACGUUAUAUUAGCCAAAGACAUUUAAACUCAUUUAAAGUUUUUCACCAUUCCUGACAUUGAAUCGUAGAAAACAUUCCCUGUCUUAGGUCAGUUAGGAUCACUAUAUUUUAUGAAUUUGAAAUGUCAGAAUAAUAGUCGAGAGAAUUAUAUAUUUAGGUCAGAAGUUUACCUACAGCACACUUUGGUAGUAUUUGACAGCAUUGACUUUAAAUAGUUUAACUUGGGUCAAAUGUUUUGGGUUUCCUUCCACAAGCGUCUCACAAUAAGCUGGAAUUGUGUCCCAUUCCUCCAGACAGAACUGCUGUAACUGAGUCAGGAUUGUCAAGUCCCAUUGCUCACACACCCUUGUUUAGUUCUGCCAAACCUCAAUCAGAUUGAGUUCAGGGCUUUGUGAUGGCCACUCCCAAUACCUUGACUUUAUUGUCCUUAAGCCAUUUUGCACAACUUUGGAGGUGUGCUUGGAGUCAUCGUCCAUUUGGAAGACCCAUUUGUGACCGAGCUUUAACUUCCUGUCUGAUGUCUUGAGAUGUUGCUUCAAUAUAUCUACAUCAUUUAAUGCAUCUAUUUAGUGAAGUGCACCAGUCCCUCCAACAGCACCCCCACAUCAUGAUGCUGCACCCCCAUGCUUCACAGUUGGGAUGCUGUUCUUCAGCACUCAAGCCUCAUAACGAUGGUCAUUAUAGCCAAACAGUUCGAUAUGAGUUUCAUCAGACCAGAGGACAUUUCCCCAAAAGUCAGAUCUUUGUCCCCAUGUGCACUUGCAAACUGUAUUCUGGCUUGUUUAUGGUGGUUUUGGAGCAGCGGCUUCUUCCUUGCUGAGCCUUUCAGGUGAUGUCCAUAUAGGACUCGUUUUGCUGUGGAUCUAGAUACUCGUCCACCUGUUUCCUCCAGCAUCUUCACAAGGUCCUUUGCUGUUGUUCUGGCAUUGAUUUGCAUUUUGUGUGGUCACAUGGUGUUUAUACUUGUGUACUAUUGUUUGUACAGAUGAACGUGGCGCCUUCAGGUGUUUGGAAAUUGCUCCCAAGGAGGAACCAGACUAGUGGAGGUCCACAAUUGUUUUUCUGAGGUCUUGGCUGAUUUCUUUAGAUUUUCCCAUGAUGCCAAGCAAAGAGUCACUUAGUUUGAAGGCCUUAAAAUACAUCCACAGCAGAUCCAGUAUGGAUGUUUUGCGGCCGAUGCUCGUUAACAUCAAUGGAAGAAUAUACAGAAAAAAUCCAGUUCAGGAGGAAUAUUAUGAAGAAGAAGAUAAUUAUUCAUAUUCAGCCCCAGUUGCUGACGAGUGCAUGGAUGAACCCUGCGACUCUCACAACAUUGAGCAGACAGAGAAGGGCGUCCGCUGUGCCCUAGAUGUGCCAAGUGUCCUUUACAAGUAUAUUAUCGGUAAGAAAGGAGAGACUCGUAAACGACUGGAAUCAGAGACAAAAACUUCAAUCAGCAUCCCCAAACAGGGCGUGGAGGGACAGAUCGUGAUCACAGGUGCACACAGCGCCGCAGUGUCUUCAGCUGUCACCCGCAUUGAGGUUUUGAUCGACAGCUUUCGGAGGAAGCAGCCGUUCACCCACUUCCUGUCUUUUGCACUGAAUCAUGUUCAGGUGCAAGAAGGGUUUAAGCGCUUCAGAGAGGAUGUGCUGCAACGCUGCGGGCAGGACUCUGGGGUGGAUGUGAGUAUUUUUCAGAAUCCAGCUAAACUUCACCUCACCAUCGGCACUCUGGCCCUACUGAACGAACAGGAAGUGACACGAGCAAGUGAACUUCUUCAGCAGUGCCAAGAUGUUAUCAGAGAUAUAACUGAAGGAAAAGCUCUUCCUGUAGAAGUCAGAGGAAUCGAAUAUAUGAAUGACGACCCUUCGAUGGUGGACGUCCUGUAUGCCAAAGUCGCUGCUCAAGACGGCUCUGACAAGCUGCAGCAGAUAGCAGACAGGCUGCUGGAGUGUUUUGUAUCAGGUGGUCUGAUGGAGCGUGAGUGGGACAAAGUAAAAAUUCACGCCACUGUGAUGAACACGCUGUUCCGGAAAGAUCCGUCAGCCGAGGUGAAAGCAGCUUCAGGAAGACAGAACAUUAAAGAUCGUGAAUCUUUUGAUGCAAGAAACAUCUUACAGAUGUUUGGCGAGUUUGAUUUCGGAGCGUUUGAGCUGAACUCUGUGCAUCUGUCUCAGAGAUACUCCACUGACAGUACCGGAUAUUAUUCCUCGGCCGGACACGUCGCUUUCUCCUGACGGGACGGUUACACCCACACACACACCCAGUUUACUAAUCAGUUCUCUUGUUAUGCAUCAUGCAUUGUGAAUAUAAAUAUGUAUAAUAUAAAUAUAAGUUAUAUAUAUUUUGUAGUUGUAUUUUCAUUCUCUCUGAGAAGAAUCUUGGGGACAUUUUUUCUAUGAAGAUAUUUACUGACACCACUAAUGUAAAGUGAGAUGCAGAUUAUAAACCCAGAAGUGGCACUUUUCCCACUAUAAACCGUUAGAUGGGACUUCUUUAAAUGUAUUAUUGUUGCUUGUAUGACAGACUUGCACAAUGGCCUGGGCAAAUAAAUGGCUAAUAUUGGGUGAGUCAGUGCUGUCAGUGACCAGCAGGUGGCACCAUACUAUAAACAUUACUUUGAUGCUAGUGGUGAUAUUGUUGACAUUGUAAUGUUAAAGGAAGAGUCACCUUCAUGUUGAAUCAUACCUGGAAGACUUUGUAUCCUCCAUGAACACAGGAGAAAUUUUGAAGAGUCUUCACAAAGCUCUUUUCCAUUAAUAAACUCUUUGCUGUGACCACUACUGACUGUCGAGCUCCGAUGAGGACUGUAAAUCCUCACAUCACAUUCCAGUGGGUCAGAAGUUUACAUACACUUUUUUUUUAAAGGUCAGGGCUUUGUGAUGGCCACUCCAAAACCUUGACUUUGUUGUUCUUAAGCCAUUUUGCCACAACUUUGGAGGUGUGCUUGGGGUCAUUGUCCAUUUGGAAGACCCAUUUGUGACCGAGCUUUAACUUCCUGUCUGAUGUCUUGAGAUGUUGCUUAAAUAUAUCCACAUAAUGUUCCUUCCUCGUGAUGUCAUCUAUUUUGUGAAGUGCACCCGUCCCUCCUGCAGCACUCCCACAACAUGAUGCUGCACCCCCAUGAUUCACGGUUGGGAUGGUGUUCUUCGGCUUGCGAGCUUCACCCUUUAACGAUAACGAUGGUCAUUAUAGCCAAACAGUUCCAAUCUUAUUUCAUCAGACCAGAGGACAUUUCCCCAAAAGUCAGAUCACGCCCCAUAGCAUAAUCCCACCCUUGACCCUGAUUGACAGGUUUCCGUGUAAGGCGUCAAUGGAAAUACUAAGGGAAUUAGUAUUCCACUUGAGUUUUGGCUGGCUACAUACGCGACACUGAGAAAGUGAAAAAGCAGAGGUGGUAAUUGAAAUUGCUAUUUAAAUAUGACAGGGCCAAAACUCGUAAGAUAUGGGAAACACAGUUGCAAACGGACUUUGCUUUUCCAUUUGAAAUCUGGCAGUCACUGUGCGUUCGCUUAAACGAAAAUGCAAACGGUAAUGCGCGAUUUGCAAUUGCGUUUGGAUUAUGUCACAUUUUAUGCGUCCACAAAUUGAAAACGCAAUUGCAAAUACAAUUUGCAAUUCCUUUUGAAUAAUGUCCGGAAAAUCAUUCCAUAAGUUAUGUGAAGCGUGCAGCUCAAAUGCUGAUGGGAGUUGUAGUCCUUCAUUAGCAUUGUGAUUGCAAGAAGCAUUUUUAAAAGGCACAGUUGCUUCAAAAUUAGUGACUGUGUGUAAUUUAGGUUCUGGAACAAAAUGUGAAAGUAUCCAAGUCAUUUUAACGACUGGCCAUAUUUUACUUGUACGCUAUAAAAGCCCAUAGGAAGUUCCCGAGGGAACACGUGUCUCAAAAAUGCUAAUCGUCUACUGGGUUUUUGGACUAGAACCUGAACAGCUCUAUAGGAUGCAUGGAUGCAUUACAUGUUUUUUUGUUGUUGUUGUUUUUUUUUAAUAUUCUGUUGAGUUCAAAUACGUUUGAGGCAAUGCUGGAAAAAUGAACACUCGGACACGAUUAGCAUGCAACGUUAGCCAGAAGCCAUGCAGGAUUUGCACUCAAAAUAAUCUUUCUCAUUUCCUCUCACGGUGUGUGUGAUUUCUCAGGCAUAUGUUAAACCGCUCUCUGUGCACGUGUGUGUGUGUGUGUGUGUGUGUGUGUGUGUGUGUGUGUGUGUGUGUGUGUGUGUUGAAGGUUCAAAUUGAAGUCUUCAUACGAGUCAGAGUGUCUCCUGAGAUGAUGAAAGACUCUCUUCCAACAUGGAUCACAACUGCAGCCCCGCACGCGCACUCUCUAAAACAGACGCUCAUUUGUAAGUUAAUGAGAUUUGAGCUGUGAUCUCUUCUCGUUUUGGAGAGAAAGAAUCUAAUGCGCAGAGUUUUAUGGAAAUGAAAUCGUGCAUAAUGCAGCCUCUUAAAAUGCUAACCAAAAAUGGUUGCAUUUGAUGCAAUUAGUGUCUGAUGAUAAACAGACUUCAAAAUGAAUUCCUUUCUGAGACAUUCAUACACUAGUGCCCCCCCCAAAGUCACUUGAAAAUGUCUGAAUUUAGUUUGAUUAAAUAACAAUAGCCUAUCAAAUGCAUAUAUUUUGUUUGCAAAAAAGAAAAGCGUACUUCAUUCAUCCAUUAAAAAUGAAGCAAAACACCAGCUGAUAUAAAGUAAUUGAGCAUAAAUGUCUCUGAAAAGCAGGGAUGCAAACCGCUCUCCUUUCCUGAAGCUAAUUUCCCCAAAUUGUUUGGCAUAAAUUCCCUUAUUAGAAUCACUUGAAAGGUUCCUUAAAGCUUAUUUAAGGUAUUUGUUAUUGAUAAAGUCCACAAUAUUAAAUGGAAUAGUUGACCCAAAAAUGUACAUGUUGUCAUUGUUUUCUCACCCUCAUGUUGUUCCAAAUCAAUAUAUAUAAUAAAGUAAUGAAAGUGAAUGCUGGCUGAGGUUAACAAUCUGCGUAACACCUCCUCUGGUGUUUGAUGGAUGAAAGAAACACAUGGGUUUGGAACGACAUGAGAGUUAUGGUAAAUGAUGACAGAUAUGGGUGGGGUGGUUCAAUGCAUCACAUCUAACAAUGAUUAAAUAACAGGUUGCCAGUCUGAUUUGAGAUCAAUGGUUGACUAAUUGUAGGCCUCGUGAUUUGCUGAGUGUAGUCCUCUUCCUCCUCGUCUUCAUGAGAACGGUUGGGAUGCGUCAGCGUUCCCCUCCACUUGCUGAUCAAGGCAGGAAAAAACACCUAGCUGAGGAUUUAGAAAAACAGUCUGUCUGUACAUCAAUGUGUUGCUUGAAUAAGUUGAUAAUUGCUCAAAUGUUUAAUAAUUUUAUUUGAUCUGAAUAUAUCUCAUAAUGCAGUAGUCGACUGGUCAUCUUAAAGGAAUAUUCCGGGUUCAAUACAAGUUGAGUUCAAUUGACAGCAUUUGAGGCAUAAUGUUGAUGACCCUCCUUAAUAAAGCACAAAUGUGUGUUCCAGUGAGUCACUUCCAAUGCAAGUCAAUGGGGUUUAAUCUGUAAACAUUCAAAUACUGUUUCACAAGUAUAGACACAAGACAUAAACAAUAUGUGUGUUAACAUCACUUUAGCGUGAUAAAAAGUUUGUCUGUGUGAAGUUAUAUCCAAUUUUACAACUUCGUUGCCAUGACGAUGCAACACUAUAAACCCUAAAAUGACUGU